GACAGUUGUACGACAUCUUGCGACAAUGCUUGUCAACUUUGACGUAUUACUUUACGGCACACUGGAUAAACAUGGCGUCGCACUUCAGCGGUGUUUUACAGUUGACAGAUCUCGAUGAUUUCAUUACUCCAUCACAGGAAUGUGUAAAGCCUAUAAAAGUAGAGAAGAAACAGGGGCGAUCCUUGGCCAAAAUUCAAAUCGAAGAUGAUGGAAAUUAUUUCCAAGUUAAUCAGGAUGGCAGGAAACAGAAGCUGGAGAAGGCCAAGAUCACGCUUAACGACUGCUUAGCAUGCAGUGGCUGCAUCACAUCGGCGGAGAGUGUUCUGAUCACGCAGCAGAGUCACGAGGAGCUCUUCCGAGUACUACGCCAAAACAAGAGUGGUGGUGAUCAGCAGGUGGUGGUGGUUGUGUCCGUGUCUCCCCAGUCCAGAGCUUCUCUGGCCGCACAUUAUGGCCUGAGCAGCAGUGAUGCUGGCAGGAGGCUCACAUCCUUCUUAAAAAGCCUGGGUGUUCACUACGUGUUUGACACUAGCUUCAGUCGCAACUUCAGCCUGCUGGAGAGCCAAAGAGAGUUUAUCCAGCGCUUCCAGCGGAAGGAGGAUGACAAGAAGGCUUUACCCAUGCUGGCCUCCGCCUGUCCAGGUUGGAUUUGCUAUGCUGAGAAGACUCAUGGGGAGUUCAUCCUUCCAUACAUCAGUACCACACGCUCCCCACAGCAGAUGAUGGGCUCCCUGGUGAAGAACUACUUUGCUGAGCAACAGGGUGUGUCUGCUCAGAGGAUCUACCACGUGACUGUGAUGCCAUGUUAUGACAAGAAACUUGAGGCCUCCCGGCCAGAUUUCUAUUUGAGCGAAGCUGAGACGAGAGAGGUGGACUGUGUCAUCACCUCAGGUGAGGUUCUGAAGAUGCUGGAGGAGGAGGGUGUAUCUUUGAGUGAUGUUGAAGCUGCACCAUUAGACCCCAUGUUUAGCCACGUGUGUGGAGAUGAGUUCCUGUCCCAUGCAGGCAGUGGCUCAGGUGGCUAUCUGCACCACACCUUUAUCCACGCUGCUAAAGAGCUUUUUGGGGAGGACGUGAAGGAACUGACCUAUAAAACUCUCAAGAAUAAGGACUUCCAAGAGGUGACGCUGGAGAGGGACGGGGAGGUCCUGCUGCGCUUCGCUGCUACCUAUGGCUUCCGGAACAUUCAGAACCUGGUGCAGAAGCUGAAGAGGGGCAAGUCCCCCUAUCACUUUGUGGAGGUCAUGGCAUGCCCAUCAGGUUGCCUGAACGGCGGUGGGCAGCUGAAGCCCCAGCAGGAGCAGUCCAACAAGGAGCUGCUGCAGCGCGUGGAGGAGCUGUACCAGGUCGAGCAGAGCGCCGCCCCCCAGGAGGAGGCCUGCGUGGCCCAGCUCUACCACACCUGGCUGCAGAGCAUCGGGGAGGCGCGGGCACGCCAGCUGCUCCACACCCAGUACCACGCCGUGGAGAAGGCCACCAACGGACUCGUCAUCAAAUGGUGAACAGGGGUGCACCUCUCAACACCGUCGGCGCUAUCCAAGGUAGCAACUUACUUGGUUGCAAUGCAGUUGUCGGCAUUGGCAGCCUACUAAGAUGCUAAAUUUGUUAGCGAGAAACGGUGUCCAGAAAGAGAGACCCCCCCUCUAGAUUCAAAACCACGCAGGUGCUUGACUUGCAGUCACCACAAGCCACUGAAGUUCACUGCGCACAAGUUUUUAAAAAAUCAAUGCCAAGCACUGACUGCAAAGAUAAGACUGGUGGAGUGGAAAGAGAGGUGUAGGUGGAUGUUGCCUUUCACAGGUCAUCUUAUUGUAACAACAAUUUGUUGCUCUCUAAACCCAAAGCAAAGGUCUUUCUGUUGUUUAUUGGUCCUCUGAGCAAUACUUGUUUGAGGAGAGCUUUACUUAUUUCUAAAAUGCAGGCUGCUUAAACUAAGGCUCCCAUCUUCCAGACUGGUUUAUUUCACUAAUAGCAGUAAGAUUUUCAAGUUAUGAUGAAGUAUCAUGCUGGUGUAUAUGUACUGUACCUUGCACUAAAAAGCAGUACAAAUGCAUUGUGGCCUUUGUUGUCCAACUAUAUUGGGCUGUGUGAUUUUUGUUGUUGUUGUUGUUGUUGGGACUGAUUACUGAGCAUUGCAUUUUCAUCCAUAGCUGGUCCCACUAAUUGUAGUGUACACUGUGUAUUAUAUUUUCAAGAAAUCAGCAGUAUUUUUCAUAAUAUCUACGAAUCAAGCAUGUAUAUAAUCAUUCCUGCCAUAUUUAUAACAUGACUUGGAGAAAUUAUAGAACAAUAUUGAAUAUUUUAUUUAUUAAAAUGCCUUUAAUGUCA